AUGAACAGCGCGAGAGUUCGUAUCCAACGACGCCGACGUAAGGGCACGGUUUUCACGAUAAAGACAUCAGUACAUCAACAUCGACCAAAGUUCUUGGAAUCAACUGGAACACUUGCGAAUGACACACUGAUCGCCAAAGCAAUUAAGCAAUUACAAAAAGGACGUGUGCUACACACUAUCGCAUCAGUGUACGAUCCUCUAGGAUGGAUUGCCCCACUGAUGAUCGGAAGUCACUGUGGCCCAAGCCGUUAUAGGUGGGACGACAUUCUUCUGAACAAGACCAAGCAACUUGGCAACGUUACUAACAUCAAUGCAAGGAUUCUACAAAGGAAUUCCCAGACAACUGAACUGAAAAAAAGAGAGGACACUAGAUCAUCGCAUUCAGCGAUGCCAAUAUAA